AUGGCCAACGGGGGCAUCGCGGGCUUCUUCGAGAGAUGGAAGUCCGACUGGAUCGACCCCGCCCUGGACUACAUCGAAGGGGGCCCGCGCAUGGGGAGGAGCGAUUCACAUCUAAACCACGUGAGCAUCGAGUAUUCCGGGGAAGAUGUGAGGGCCGCCACCAGGAAUUUCGAUCCCGGAACCCUGUUGGGGUCCGGCACGUUUGGGAGCGUCUACAAGGGCACCAUGGUGGAUGGCACCGAGGUGGCGAUCAAAGUCCUUCAGGUGCCCGAGGAGGCGGGCUUCGAGGAGGAGGUCAAGGUGCUCUCGCGUUUUCGGCACCCGAACCUCGUGAUCCUCAUGGGGUUUGCCAGGCACCUCGAGACCGGAGGCAGGAGCCUGAUCUACGAGUACCUCUCUGGUGGCGACGUGAGCAAGCGCCUCCAGCGGAGCCGACAGCUGUCCGAGCAGUUCCUGUGGAGAGCCCGCUUGUCCGCGGCGCUCGACGCCGCUUGCGGGCUGUCGCACCUGCACAACAUGACGCCCCGGGCCUUCCACAGGGACAUCAAGGGCCCCAACAUCCUGCUGGACAAGAACGGCGGCGCCAAGAUGGCAGAUUUCGGGCUCUCUUGCGUCUCCGCAGGAGCACAGCACAAGGUGCAGCAGGCAUCUGGCACCAUCGGCUACGCCUGCCCCGAGUACAUCCGCUCGGGCAUCAUCUAG